UUGUUUGCGGACUGCAUAUCUGACCGAGCGCAGAAAAACAACCUCUUAUCGAGUUAAUGUUAUUGUGACCACGUACUGCCUGUCUGUUUAGUCAUUUGAUGCAAAUUUAGAAGCUGGGGUUCGGCAGGUAGGCGCAUCCAUAUCCAAAGCGGUCGAGGGAAAGUGAAACCGUACGGUGCUCGUCAGUUGUGUGCAGGAGACAUGAGAGCGUGACCCUUUCACACCAACCACUAGGAUGUCCUCGAAUUUGACCGUCGUAGUGCUGCUGGCGGCCUUGACGUUAGCCUCCCUGGUUUCCUCCAAUCACGAGGAGGACUUCGGCUUCGACAUAUCCGACGACCUGGAGGUGGAGUUGGAAGGGGGCCAGUUGAGGAAGUGGAACGACAGGGAGAUCAUCGCUCAGGUGGGGAAGACCUUCCACCUGGCGAUACCCAAGGAUGCGUUCGAGGGGAAGGUAGAAAACUUGGAGGUGAAGAGGCAUAAUGGCAAGGGCAUCCCGUCAUGGCUCCUAUUUGACAGGAAAGGCGGAGUUUUCUGGGGUAUACCACUCGCCGAAGAUGUAGGCACUGUACACUUAGGCAUCAGAUCGAUAGGGGACAAAAGCGCGACUGAAGAACUGAAAAUCGAUGUGAUCGAAUCCAACGAGGACUCAUCGACCAUGGGGAAGUGUCCAGCCAACGAGGACCACACUGUUUUGACGUUGGUUCUCGACAAAAACAUACGUGCCAUUAAGCCUAAGCAAAGGAUCAUAGCCGUGAAUAAUAUAGCCAAGUUCUUCGGCUUGCCAUAUAGUGCCUUCACAUUAAAACCUCAACUGGAGAAAGAUGACAUUACUGACAGUUCCGUGCUUCUCGCCGGUCCAGGAAAUCUGCAUUCGAAAACGUCUAAAGUAUCCUCACUGGUGCAAGUCCCUGUGGGUUGCGAUGGUCGUCUGUGGCCGUCCACCACGCCGUUGGUGCACCAGCUCAAGCAACAAGCUAGGGACGGCACCAUAGCGGAAGUACUGCGCCUUCCGCUUAUCGGAUGGCGAGUAAAGACUGAAAGCAAGCCGGUGCUUAGAGAGAAAAGGCAAGCGAGCUCUACAAUAGACGAUUAUGGUAGUGGAGAUUAUGAUGACGAAGAAGAAUAUUAUGAUUACGACGAGGAUUACGAAGCGAAGGACAACGGACCGGCACAAGGAACGCCUCCCGCUUCGAAACCGACGGCUGCCCUUCCCGUGAAGACCACCACUAGUACCACAACAGCAGCUCCAAAAACAGAAAGUAGCGGAGAUUACGACGGCGAAGACGAGUAUGAUUACGAAGAUUAUGAGGAAGCCGACGAUUUAGGACCACUGGAAGUGAUCCCACCGUCUCCAAAGGCGACCGUAACACUCCCGGCUCCCACCACCACGACCGUCAAAACUACAACAACCGCAAGUACGGUGCAUCCGCAUCGCCACCACCACGGCGAAGUUAACCCUAGUAUAUCUGUGUUGCGGGAACACCACCAAACAACACACCGUAUUCCCGAAACGGAGGAAACCAUGUCCUUUACGGAUCCCCCUUCCACUACCUCUUCCACAACGACAACGGAAAAGGCUACACAACCUUCAACGACUCCCACCACCACCUCCACCACUACAACAACAACCACUGCCCCGACAACGGCGACGGUGGAAGAUCCGAAGGUGAUAUCCAACAAACAGAAGCAAGUCAUCGAUUACGAAGACUACAAUUAUGACAACUACGAUGAUGAAGAGGACAACGCUGAAGAUCCGGCAGAAAGCGCAACGAUAAUACCUGUGUUCUCCAAGAAACACACCACCGAGCCCAAGGUCGAAGUUACGGAAAGCGUUACGACGGAGAGUAGUGCAACGACUAAGAGCACUGUCGGAGAAGCUGUAGAGGAGAAUAUUCCGAUAACAGUACCAGCCACGUCAACUACCACGAUGAGCACGACGUCUACUACCACGAGUACGACGACUACAACGGAACAGCCCACGACGUCGCAGAUUAUUGUGGAGACGGAACCAGAGAUCUUUUACACCACGGAAACGGAACCUCCUCAGUCGACGUUCGUCGCCACGAUGUCCCAGCAGACGACGCAAACCUCCACCGUCGCCACCGUAGUGACAACACCGCUAUCGUCAACGACUACCACCACAACGGAAGCACCCACAACCGAAGAAGAGACCGUACCGGUGAAAGUGACCACCGUUCGGCAGGUUUCGACAACACCAAGCACCACCACGACCGUACGGGAAAUUACGGAGGGCAUCGAACACCACGAGAACUUCAGGCCGUUCAUCGAGAACAGACUGAAGCAGAUGUCCGUAAUAGCCGGGAAGAUCUUCAGAUUUGUCAUUCCGCACAACACGUUCAAGGACUUUGAGGACGAGUAUAAUUUGACGUACGAGUUGCUGGACUCGAAUAACAAGACCGUCACGAACAACACUUGGCUGAAUUUCAACGCUGCGAGGCGGGAAGUUUAUGGACUGCCCCUGGAGGAGGACGUUUCCAAGUGGGUGUUCUGGGUGAGGGCGUACGACAGCGAAGGGGCGUCCGAGAAGGAAAAACUGAACAUCCAAGUCCAGCAGCACAAGCUGGACCUGGUCGUCAAUCACGAGUUCUCCCUACUGAUCAGGAUCGAGAAGCACCAGGAAUUCCCACAUUACGUAGAUUGGUCCCUCAAGGUGCUGAGGGCCCUGGGCAGGAUUUACAACACGAACAUGUCCGAGAUCACCGUCAGGCAUAUCAAUUAUACCAACGAGCCCGUCAUUUUCACGUGGUCCAACGAUUCGAUACCCACGGACUAUUGUCCUAAGACUGAAAUUGCUCAACUGUAUAAGACUUUAACGGCCAACGACAGGGGCGACCCAUCGAGGGAAUUGAACACGGCUCUAGUGCCGGAACUGAGGGUGAAAAAGGUGCUGUAUCGGGAGCUGGGGGUGUGCGAACAACCCCAAACCCCCGUCGCGCCGCCGGUGCACCCGGUGACGCCCCCCAUUAAUUUCUCGCCCAUACUACGAAAUCCGGUGGACCACGUCAAUGCCACCGUUGGUGAAUUGUUGGUCUAUAAGGUUAAAGAUGAUACCUUCUACGACCCGGAGGACGUAGACCCAAGAAUGCUGAACAUAUCAUUACUGACCAGCGACCGGCAACCCAUCCCUCCUAACAACUGGCUGCAGUUUGAUGGCAAGAACCGCGAGUUCUUCGGCAUACCCAGGCACGCCGGCAGGAGCGAGUACCACUUGGUCUGCGUGGACAGCGGUGGAUUACCUGCGACUGACAGCUUGGAAGUCGUCGUGUACCCGCCACUGAAAAAGAAGUACAACGUCGAGUUCAGCAUGAACAUCACGGACGUGGAUUUCGUUAGUAACGCCGUCUUGCAGAAGAAGUUUGUCGAGAAAUUGGUGCGUUUAUUCGGUGAGUCGAGCCCCAACAACAUACACAUCCACUCCUUCAAUCAAUCGUACAACUCGACAAUCGUAACUUGGUUCAACAAGUCCCUGACCACCGACACCUGCCCACACGAGGAAAUCAACCGACUCGAGUCCAUGCUCCGCAACAUGAACGACAAAUCAAUCUCCCAGAAGGUGCACAACGUGAUGGAGCCCGAAUUCCACGUGUCCACCAUCAAAGUGCACCUGAUAAACAACUGUCAGCCAAAGAUAACGCGCGAUCCACGUCCCGAGGUGGUCGUGCCCGUGGAAGAGACGCCGCAACCGUCGAGUAGCGACGAAUACCUGAUAACCUUCAUCGUACCUGCUGUGAUUAUAACGAUUAUGCUGCUCUUAGCCGCCAUAGCCGCAUGCGUUCUAUACCGAAGGAGGCGGACCGGGAAGAUGAACGUGGAGGAGGACGGGAGACAGAGUUACGGAAAUAAAGGUAUUCCGGUGAUUUUCCAAGAGGAGCUGGAGGAGAAGCCGGAGCCCGGCACGAAGGCGCCCGUGAUCCUGAAAGACGAGAAGCCCCCGUUGGCCCCGCCCGAGUACAGCAAGAGUGGUUCGGUGAAGCUGUCGGACGAUUCCGAACCGUACCAGCCCCCGCCGCCGUUCACGAGGACCCAGGACAACGGAAGGCAGCCCAGACCAAAACCCACCCCGACAUACAGGAAACCACCCCCCUACGUGCCUCCUUAACAAUUGCACUUCACCUUUUUUCAGCAAUAAUUUUCGGAAGAACUGCCAAUGCACACUCUGAGGUCUCUUAAUAUUGAUUUUAAAUAAUUUAGGUGAUAGCCAGGAAUUUUAGCGGAACAGCGAGCAAACCUCUGCGUUCCGGGCCAGCGUCUCGAUGCCAAAUUACGUCACCCACUUUUCGGUUUCCUACCAAAAAUGCUUCACUCUUUCGAUUCUCUAACGUCUCGUCUCUUCCUCUGUGAUAUCCACUGCUAUUAUUUAUUACGGUCUUUUUUUAUUUUUAUAUACUCUUGAUUUUGCCGUGGGUGUUUUUUUUAUUAUUAUAAUUAGUUUUACGAACUAACAUCACCGAUAUUAAAGCUGACGCCUCGAAACGAAACACCUUUGGGUUCUUUUUAAUGAAAUUAUUCUCGGCGGGCAUUGAAUGAUAUAUUUUUACUGCCGCCAAGGCACCUCUAGCUCUUAAGGAACUCUAGUUAUACAUAUGUUAAUUUGUAUGAAUAGUAUGCAGGAUAUUAAUAAAAAAAAAUGGAUUAACAUAGACUUAGGAAUAAAUAAGGCUGUUUUUUUGCUGCGCCGGUUUAAUUCGUGAACAAAACCUCUGCCGCACAGUCCGCGUAGAGUAGAGUUUGUUUGGCCCUUCCCGUUAUAUAAUUAUUUUUGUACCGUUUCCGUUUGUUCGUGGAUUAAACCAAAAAUUUUACAACACUUUUUGUAUAAACGAUUGUUUUAUAAAUAUAUUCUAUGUAGGCGUAUUCUUUUGUAAUUAGUUACCAAUGACAUUGUAAAAAUAAUAUUUUUGGUAUAUUUUACAAGUUUCGAAAUAUUUAAUUCAUAUCAUUAUCGAUAAGGUCAAGGCGUAAUAUCCACUUUGUCUUAUUAUACUUUAAAAUGAAUGAAUCAUAUCCGAAUCUCAUAUUUGUCUCCCUCAUAUCGUAUACUUUUGUAUUAACCAGUCAUAUAAUUGUUCAAUAAACGAUAAUAAUUCC